AUGACCAUCGAAGAACCUCUUCCCAAAAAGGUUCGCUUGAGUGAAACAGACUUCAAAGUUAUGGCUCGAGAUGAGUUAAUUCUAAGAUGGAAGCAGUAUGAAGCAUAUGUGCAAGCUUUGGAGGGCAAGUACACAGAUCUUAAUUCUAAUGAUGUAACUGGCUUAAGGGAAUCUGAAGAAAAACUGAAGCAGCAACAGCAAGAGUCUGCACGCAGAGAAAACAUCCUUGUAAUGAGACUAGCAACCAAGGAACAAGAGAUGCAAGAGUGUACUACUCAGGUCCAGUACCUCAAGCAAGUCCAGCAGUCGAGAGUUGCCCAACUGAGAUCAACAAUGGUAGACCCAGCAAUCAACUUGUUUUUCCUAAAAAUGAAAGGGGAACCGGAACAGACUAAAGACAAACUGGAACAAGCCCAAAAUGAACUGGGUGCCUGGAAGUUUACGCCUGAUAGAGGCCUGAUGGCACCGGACUAUUCCGAAGAAGUGGCUACCUCCGAGACAUUCCCCUUCUAG